AUGUGCGCCUCGGUAAAGUACAACACCCGGGGUCCCGUCCUGAUCCCCAGAAUGAAGUCCAAGCAUCGAGUGUACUACAUCGCCCUCUUCUCAGUGGGUGCUCCUGGGGCUCAUCGCCACCGGCAUGUUCCAGUUUUGGCCUCACACCAUCGAACCGUCCAGUGACUGGAGCCCCGAAAAGCAGAGCGUCCAGGACGUCCCCGCCGUGAGGCUUCCCGAAGACAGCCCGCUGCCGGAACGAGGGGACUGAGCUGCCGGAUGCACACCUGCUUCGAUGUCUACCGCUGUGGGUACAACCCCAAGAACAAGGUCAAAGUUUACAUCUACCCCCUGAAGAAGUACACGGAUGAAUAUGGGGGAUCGGUGGGCAGCACGAUCUCCCGGGAGUACAAUCAGUUGCUCACUGCCGUCUCGCAGAGUGAAUUCUACACGGAAGACAUGAACAGAGCCUGUCUCUUCCUCCCUUCCAUCGACGUUCUGAAUCAGAACAACCUGCGGAUUAAGGAGACGGCGCAGGCCUUGGCACAGCUUCUCAGGUGGGAUCGAGGGACCAAUCACUUACUGUUUAACAUGUUACCUGGAGGACCCCCCGAUUAUAACACUGCCCUGGAUGUACCCCGAGACAGAGCGGUGCUGGCCGGUGGGGGCUUCUCAACGUGGACUUACCGCCAGGGAUAUGAUGUCAGCAUUCCCGUCUACUGUCCUCUGUCUGAAGUGAACCUACCUGAGCGGGCUCCAGGCCCCCGGACCUUCUUCCUCCUCUCCUCCCAGACCGCUCUGCACCCCGAGUUCCGUGCUGAUCUGGAGAUGAUACGAGCAGAAAACGGGGAGUCGGUGCUGAUCCUGGAUAAGUGCAGUAAUCUAUCUGAUGACACAUCGCCACAUCGGAAACGCUGCCAUAAGAAUAACAUCUACGAAUACCCGCAAGUUCUUCAGGAGGCCACAUUCUGCCUGGUCUUCCGCGGCGCCCGCUUGGGACAAACGGUUCUCAGUGACGUCCUUCAGGCUGGCUGCGUCCCCGUCAUCAUGGCUGACUCCUACGUACUGCCCUUCUCCGAGGUGCUGGACUGGAAGAGGGCAUCGGUGGUGAUCCCAGAAGAGAAGAUCCUGGAGAUGUACAACAUUUUACAGGGUCUUCCUCAGAGACAAGUAGAAGAAAUGCAGAGACAGGCUCGCUGGUUCUGGGAAGGUUACUUUAGGACAAUGAAGACCAUCGCCUUGACCACACUUCAAAUCAUUAAUGACCGGAUCUAUCCGUAUGCUUCAAGAUCUUAUGAAGAUUGGAAUGACCCCCCUUCUGUGAAAUGGAGCAGCGUGAACAACCCUCUCUUCCUGCCGCUGAUCCCACCCCAGUCCCAAGGCUUUACUGCCGUGGUCCUGACAUACGACCGCAUCGAGAGCCUCUUCCGGGUCAUUACUGAGGUGUCCAAAGUCCCCAGUCUAUCCAAGCUACUAGUCGUGUGGAAUAAUCAGAAUAAGGACCCACCUGAAGAAUCCCUCUGGCCCAAGAUCCGGGUGCCUCUGAAGGUUGUCAGGACACAAGAGAACAAGUUGAGCAAUCGCUUUUUUCCUUACGAUGAGAUUGAAACUGAAGCUGUCUUGGCCAUCGAUGAUGACAUUAUCAUGCUGACGUCUGAUGAGCUACAGUUUGGAUAUGAGGUUUGGCGGGAGUUUCCUGACCGGCUGGUGGGCUACCCAGGACGUCUCCAUCUGUGGGACCACGAGAUGAACAAGUGGAAAUAUGAGUCCGAGUGGACCAAUGAGGUGUCUAUGGUGCUGACUGGGGCUGCUUUCUAUCACAAGUAUUUCAACUACCUGUACACCUACAAAAUGCCAGGAGACAUUAAGAGCUGGGUGGACGCGCACAUGAACUGCGAAGACAUCGCUAUGAACUUCCUGGUUGCCAAUGUAACAGGGAAAGCUCCUAUUAAGGUCACGCCAAGGAAGAAGUUUAAAUGUCCAGAAUGCACCGCAAUCGAUGGCCUUUCCCUGGACCAGACACAUAUGGUGGAAAGGUCAGAAUGCAUUAAUAAAUUCGCCAGCGUCUUUGGCACCAUGCCUCUGAAAGUGGUGGAGCACGGGCAGACCCCGUCCUGUACAAAGAUGACUUCCCAGAGAAGCUGAAGAGUUUCCCCAACAUCGGCAGUCUGUGA